GGGAGAUUAAUUGAAAUUUGAUUAGCCUUCCUGUUUCCGUACUGUCUUCCACAAAGGCACAAACCAAAGAUUGGGCACUCCAUUAAGCCUCCAUUAAACCUCUCUUCUUUAGUUCUCUUUCUCAUCCACUCUCUCGCAGAGGAAAAAAUAACAACUCCGUCUGCACAGAAAAAGAGGAGGGGAGACCAAAGCGCCAUUCCGCGCUACCCAACACUCUCUCUAGUUCCUUCUUUCCUCCCUCUUCUUCCUCAGAGUAUCUAUCUGGCAGCGACGGUUCUUCUUCUCUCAAACAGAUUUUUCGCCAUCGGAAUUCUCCCUAAUCCCAUGGCGGAUCUGUACGGUGCAGCUCCAUCCCCUCCUUCCGCCGCCCCGCCUCCGCCCACCGAGACAGAGGAAAUCUCGUCUUUCCUCCACCAGUUCCUCCACAACACUUCCUCCGCUUCCUCCCCCAAAUUCAUGUUCCAACACCCUCACUUCUCAUCUCCGCCGCCGCCAAAUCAGCACCACUUCCCACCUCCACCGGACGCCGCCCUGCCGCUGGAGUUCCUGGAUCGCCACCACCGCUCCAACUCCGGCGUCAAUUUCUCCGAUCCCAGUCUCUACUUCGGCAGAGAUCCCCGCGGUGUCGAGGACGCUGCCGCCGCCGACGCGGCGGCGGGAUCGAAGCGGGGAUGCGUGACCGUGGAGAAUGAUCUCGGGUCCGGCGAUUUCAGCUGCGACAGUGGGGGCGGAGAAGGGUCAGAGAUGCCUGCGGAGACAGGAGGAAAGCCUCGAGGCUCGUCCAAGAGGAGCAGAGCAGCAGAAGUUCACAAUUUAUCUGAAAAGAGGAGGAGAAGCAGGAUCAACGAGAAAAUGAAAGCUUUACAGAACCUGAUACCAAAUUCUAACAAGACGGAUAAGGCAUCCAUGCUGGAUGAAGCCAUUGAAUACUUGAAGCAGCUUCAGCUCCAAGUCCAGAUGUUGACAUUGAGGAAUGGAUUAAGUUUACAUCCAAUGUGCUUACCUGGACUACUACAGCCAAUGCAACUGCCUCUAUCAGGAUUGAGUUUCGAAGAAGGAAAUGGACUGAUGAAUACCACUACAUUAACGGGUACCUUCUCUGCAAAUGAAGAAACCUCUGCUGCUCAACCUGGUCUUAAUCUUCCUAACCAGUGUACAGUAUCGAAUCAGCCACCUUCCGGAACAAACAACAUUCCCUCUUCUUCUGAGAACCCUUUUGCUUUCGAGCAGCCGUACCAUGUUCUUUAUGGGUCUCUUAAUCUAACCUCAUCAUCUCCAAAGGAAAUCUGCAGGGAAGGUACAUCAGCAGCAGCAGGAGCAUCACAAGUAGAUACUACGAACCGAGCUUUGAAUACCUCUUGAUCGGGGGUUUCAUAAGUGACCCCUUUUGAUUAACACCAGCGGCAGGAUCGCCUACCAACAGUUACCCUCCUUCCUCGGUUUCUCUCUUACGCUGAAUACCAUAGAAGCUGCUGCAACUUUAGUACUGAAAGUGAAAACUGCUGCUGUUGCUGACGAAUGACACUUUUUGCCUUUUGAUGAUGUUAUAAAGUUGUAACAGGGUAUCACAAAUUUGUGACAGACAAGGACAACCCUUUGGUUAACUUCAAUAGAAAUGCUGCUAUGUUUCCUCUUCUUCAAUGACAAAAAAGCCAGGAGUUUUCCAAGAUUAAUGAAAGGGUUAGCUAAAUUGCAUAAAAAAUGAAGUGUCGGUGUGGCAAAGUAGAGCAAUUAUUUGUAGGAGGGAAGGAAGCUUGAGUAAAAGUCUGUCAGUGAUGGGAGGAGUGACGUUCACUGAAAAUGAAAUCAUUUCUUCGGCUUAAAAAACCCGAGAAAAGGCUUUCCUGAAACUGAAAU